UACAGCUGUAGAUCACAGAGAGUAGUGAUCUAUCUUCUCAAGCUUCAACCAUGGCGAGCGUUGUUCCUGUAGCUUACCUGAACAGCAACACUUCAUUAUCGACGCCGGAGUGGCUCAACAAAGGUGACAACGCAUGGCAGAUGGUAGCAGCCACCCUCGUGGGCCUUCAAAGCGUGCCGGGUCUAGUUAUCCUCUAUGGUUCUAUUGUCAAGAAGAAAUGGGCAGUUAACUCUGCUUUCAUGGCUCUAUACGCCUUUGCUGCGGUUCUCAUCUGUUGGGUAACUUGGGCUUAUAAUAUGUCUUUUGGACCUCAGCUUCUACCCUUUUGGGGCAAAGCUGGUGUGGCUCUUGGACAAAAUUUUCUGAUCCAGCAAGCAACUUUGCCGGCAUCGGCUGUGUAUAACAGCGAUGGCACCCUCGAGACGGCGAUGGUGGCGCCGUAUUAUCCGAUGGCAACGAUGGUGUACUUUCAGUAUGUGUUUGCUGCAAUUACAUUGAUUCUCCUCGCUGGUUCUCUCCUGGGGAGAAUGAACUUCAGGGCUUGGAUGGUGUUUGUUCCCUUGUGGCUUACCUUUUCCUACACCGUCGGUGCUUUCAGUCUAUGGGGUGGUGGUUUCUUGUUCCAGUGGGGUGUCAUGGACUACUCCGGUGGAUAUGUGAUCCACCUUUCAUCUGGAAUCGCCGGCUUCACUGCCGCUUACUGGGUGGGACCAAGGUUGACUAAGGACAGGGAGAGAUUUCCGCCGAACAACGUGUUGCUGAUGUUGGCGGGUGCUGGGCUUCUGUGGAUGGGCUGGGCCGGGUUCAAUGGUGGAGACCCGUAUACGGCAAAUACCGAUUCGUCAUUGGCCGUGUUGAACACGAAUAUCUGUGCGGCAACGAGCUUGCUGGUGUGGACGGUUCUUGAUGUGCUCGUGUUCAAAAAGCCAUCUGUGAUUGGUGCUGUUCAGGGUAUGAUCACGGGGCUUGUUUGCAUCACUCCUGGUGCAGGUCUUGUUCAAGGUUGGGCUGCAAUUGUUAUGGGAGUGCUGUCAGGCAGUAUUCCCUGGUUCACGAUGAUGGUGAUCCACAAGAGAUGGAGUUUGCUUCAGAAGGUGGACGACACUCUUGGUGUAUUCCACACUCACGCCGUGGCAGGGACUUUAGGGGGUCUUCUCACGGGUAUCUUCGCGGAACCAGUGCUGUGUUCGAUGUACUUGCCGGUCACCAACAGUAGAGGUGCAAUCUAUGGAGGGACCGGUGGAUUCCAAGUUUUAAAACAGUUCCUCGGAGCCCUUUUCAUUAUCGGUUGGAAUUUAGUUGUAACAUCUAUCAUUUGUUUGGUGAUAAGGUUGGUUAUACCUCUGCGGAUGUCAGAAGAUCAACUAUUGAUAGGAGAUGAUGCGGUUCAUGGAGAAGAAGCUUAUGCUUUGUGGGGAGAUGGUGAGAAAUUUGAUUCCAGUAGGCAUGGCUGGUACAAAGAUGCUAUACAUUCUACUACAUUGGAAAUGGCAACUGGUGUCACUCAGGUGGUGUGACUUGAAGAGAGAAGGAGAACAUAAAUGG